AUGUCUUUCUCAAAUCUUGUGUCGGAUCUUGCCUUUAGGGAUGCCUAUGAUGAUCGCAGCUCUCAAAUAUCCCAUGCACGGUCUCAGGCCACUGCUCGGUCAUAUACAAGCACAGCCGCUACAAGUGUCAGCAUUUCUGGAGACAUCUCAAGCCAGCUCCAUGCUGGAUACAGCCAUCCAUUGACCAGAUCAUGGCAAGCUGAAAGACAAUUGACCAAGGAAAUGCUCAUAUAUCCAUUAUUCAUCACUGACAAUCCUGAUGAAGAGACACCAAUACCAUCACUGCCUAACCAGCAUCGCCGAGGUCUGAACCGCCUUGUUCCUUUCCUCAGGCUGCUUGUUCAAAAGGGACUGCGGUCGGUUAUUCUGUUCGGGGUUCCACUUCACCCGACUGCAAAGGAUGCCCUGGGUACUGCUGCAGACGAUCCUUCGGGCCCGGUCAUUCAGGCUAUUCGUCUUCUCAGGUCACGCUUUCCUAAUCUCUAUAUUGUGACUGACGUUUGUCUGUGCGAGUACACAUCUCAUGGUCACUGCGGUAUACUACGAGAGGAUGGGACGCUGGAUAACGCUCAGUCUGUUGAUCGAAUUUCAGAUGUCGCCCUUGCCUACGCUACUGCUGGUGCACAUUGCGUCGCUCCAUCCGACAUGAACGAUGGGAGAGUUCGCGCUAUCAAACUGAAGUUGAUUGAAGCAGGCUUAGCCCAUCGCGUUCUCUUGAUGUCCUACAGCGCAAAGUUCAGUGGUUGUCUCUAUGGACCAUUCCGUGACGCAGCCGGUUCUUGCCCGUCUUUCGGUGACCGCAGAUGCUAUCAGCUGCCACCGGGAGGCCGUGGACUCGCCCGGCGAGCAAUUCAGCGAGAUGUGGCUGAAGGCGCAGACAUCAUAAUGGUGAAGCCUGCAAGCAGUUAUCUGGACAUCAUCAGGGAUGCAAAGGAGCUUGCAAAGGAUAUGCCAAUUGCAGCGUACCAGGUCAGUGGUGAGUAUGCUAUGAUUCAUGCCGCUGCCAAGGCCGGGGUGUUUGAUUUGAAAUCGAUGGCGUUUGAAAGUACGGAAGGGAUUCUCAGAGCCGGCGCUGGAAUUAUCGUGAGCUAUUUUGUACCAGAAUUCCUGGACUGGCUUUAG